AAAAGGGUUAAAAACCGAGCAGCCAAAUCCCCCGCUUGGCAGCGCAGGCAGGGACCGGAAUAACAGCGGGACCUUCCUGUGCCAGCCCCCAGGCAGCUGGGGCCGCGCUCCCGAGCCGGCUCCCGGCCUGUGCGUGCACAAGGAGCGGUCCCGGCUGCAGCGGGGCCCCGGGGGAAUCGGCCCGGCCCGGCGAGGUGAUGGUGCCCGGGCUUUCUGCUCCAGCAGGUCUGAAGGCGGAUAUCCCUCCAGGCGUGGUGAGCCGAGGAUGAAGAAGGUGUCAAGGAAGAGCCAGAAUGAGAAGUACCGGCUGAAAUACAGCCGGCUGCGCCGGGCGGCCAAGGCCAUGGUGUUCGAGAAUGCAGCCCUGUGCGACGAGAUUGCCCGGCUGGAGGAGAAAUUCCUGCGGGCGAGAGAGGAGCGUCGAUUCCUCUUCACCAAGCUGCUGCAGCUGCAGGCGCUGUCAGCCGAGGAGGAGAGCCCGGCGGUGCCACUGGGGGGCAUCUCAGCAGGGUACAGCGUGGCACCGAUGCCUGGCCCAGAUGAGCCAGCGCCUGCGGGGAAGCGGCCCAAGAAGGGCAAGGAGAAUGGGCGUGCGGCCAAGCGGCGGGCAGCACCAGACAGGGGGGUGCGGCGGCUGGUGCAGCCAGUGCCGCUGGACCCUUCGGGCCGGCCUGUCUUCCCCAUCGCGCUGGGUGGGCUGACGGUCUACAGCCUGGGUGAGAUCGUGGCCGACCGGCCAGGCUUCCACGACGAGGGAGCCAUCUACCCCGUGGGCUUCUGCAGCACACGGGUCUACGCCAGCAUGCGGCGCCCUGACCAGCGCUGCCUCUACACCUGCCAGAUCAAAGAUGGCGGCGUGGGCCCCCGCUUUGAGAUCGUGCCUGAGGAUGAGCCGGGCAGUGCUCUGGCGGGCACCACGGCCGACACCUGCCAUGCCCAGCUGCUGGCGGCCAUCAGUGCUGCCCGGGGGCGGCCUUACCCUGAGCUGGAGGCAGCCGGGGCUGAUUUCUUCGGCUUCUCGCACCCAGCCGUGCACAAUCUGAUUCAGAGCUGCCCCGGGGCCCGCAAGUGCGCGGCCUACCGCUGGGUGCGCUUCGAGGUGUGUCGUCCCGGGGAUGGGCAGGUGCCCCAGGGGCUGCCCGACAACUGCGCCGCCACCGACUUCCAGUCCUUCCGCCGCCGCGCCCAGGAGGAGGAGGAACGGGACCGCGGAGGGGGCGGAGCUGGGGGGCGUGCACUAGGGCUGACCCCUGCCCAGGCCUUCACUUCCCCCUGCUCCUAUGAGGAGGUGUUCCUGAGCCGCCCUCUCGAGUCCCCCAGCCAUGGCAGCCCCGAUGGCUCUGACGACUGAGACCCUCUCUCCCCCUCAACCCUGGUGUGGCCUCCGUGGAGCCACCCCUCCUGGUACGGCCUGCACAGCUCUUCCCAUGGAGCCGUCCCUCCCCUCUCCCCCAGCCUAUACAGAGUUCCCAUCCAAGCAUGGCCCCCACAGCUCCUGCCACUGAGCCCCCUCCCACCGUGUGGGCAUCACAUGCCCCUGGCAUGAUCCUCACGGCUCCUCCCACUGAGCUCUCCCUCUCCACCACAGCAUGACACCCC